UUGAUUUGGAUAUUUCAGGGCAAAUUCUCGACACACAGCGAUGUGUGGGCGUUCGGCGUGACGCUGUGGGAGAUUUUCAGUCGAUGUCGUGAGAAGCCGUUUGGUUUGUUAACAGACAACCAAGUUCUGGAGAAUAUUCAGCACAUGAGUAAUACCUCUACACUGAAGCAUCAACUGGAACGGCCGGCAUUGUGCCCAGAGAAAGUGUUCUUGAAUGUUGUGGUCCCGUGCUGGUUGUACGAUCCACAGGCACGGCCCUCAUUCGAAGCGCUACAUUUGCAGCUUCAAAUGCUCAUCCAUACCACAUUGACGUGA